UUAGGGUGGGGUGGAAAGAUUCUCCAGAGGCCGGAUUCUCAUCCUGGCCGGAUGGGGGAUAUAGAAGGACUAGAGGCCCUUCCCUCGGAAAGCGGCCAUUUGCCCAAAGGGCGGAGAGAGCCGCGAGAAAGGCCGCUGUGAUUGGAUCGUAGUCCCAUCACUCACAGCGGAUCUCCUCAGCUUCUUGUCAGGAGACGUCAGGUAAAGGAAAGAGUGGAGUGCGGAGCCGGGCAGGGCCUGCGGAGCCGGCAGAAAGUGGACAAAAACAAGUCAGCUAGAUGGAGCAGAUAGAGCACUGAGCCUGGAGUCAGAAAGACCUGAGUUUGAAUGUGACCCCAUAUACUCAUUAGCUGUGUGACCCUGGCUUAACGCGGAUGGACAUUGCACGUGAGAAAGGCAGGGAUGGUCGGUUAUGACCCCAAACCAAACAGGAAGAAGAAUUCCAAGGUAGAUGUGGCAGUGGCUGGGUCUGCCUCUGGACUGGUUACUCGGGCCUUGAUUAGCCCCUUAGAUGUCAUCAAAAUUCGCUUCCAGCUUCAGGUUGAGCACCUGUCAUCCAGUGACCCACAUGCAAAAUACUAUGGGAUAAUACAGGCAGCGAGGCAGAUCCUGAAGGAGGAAGGCCUAACAGCAUUCUGGAAGGGGCAUAUUCCAGCCCAAAUUCUCUCCAUAGGUUAUGGAGCUGUCCAAUUUGUGACCUUUGAGCUUCUGACUGAAUUGGUCCACAGAACUAUGAGACAUGAUCCACGUGACUUUUCAGUGCAUUUUGUAUGUGGUGGCCUCUCUGCCUGUACUGCCACUCUUGCAGUGCAGCCUGUUGAUGUUCUCCGAACUCGCUUUGCUGCUCAAGGGGAGCCUAAGAUCUACAGAAAUCUCCGACAUGGCGUGAUGAUGAUGUACAAGACUGAAGGUCCAUUGGCUUUCUACAGAGGCUUGCCACCCACUUUGAUUGCCAUCUUCCCUUAUGCGGGAUUCCAAUUCUCCUUUUACAGUGCCCUGAAGCAAGUCUAUGAAUGGGCCAUUCCAGUUGAUGGAAAGAAAAAUGCAAACCUCAAAAAUCUGCUAUGUGGCAGCGGAGCUGGUGUCAUCAGCAAGACUCUUACAUAUCCCCUGGACCUCUUUAAGAAGAGGUUGCAGGUGGGUGGCUUUGAGAAAGCCCGAGAACCCUUUGGGAAGGUCCGAAAAUAUCAGGGCUUGCUGGACUGCAUCAAGAAGAUUUUCCGAGAAGAGGGCACCCAGGGCUUCUUUAAAGGCCUCACUCCCAGCUUGCUGAAGUCUGCCAUGUCAACCGGCCUUGUGUUCUUCUGGUAUGAGUUAUUCUGCCACCUCCUCAGCUGCAGGAAUGCCUUAGACACCAGAAGAGAGGACAAGUGAGCCGAAGUCUUGGGCUUCAAGACUUGGACUUCAGGAGACCGGCUCCUUCGUGCCCUGUGGGGGGUCCUUCCUCCAUUACCUCCAAGCCCUUAACUCUGAGCACUCAGUGGGAUGGUAGCUCCCGUCUGCACUCAGUUCAUAUGCUGCCAAAAAAGGAACUUCUUUCGGAUUUCUAGGGAAAACUUGGGAGUUGGCAUAUAUAUUGACUAAGCUUUUAUUUUCCCCCAUUAGACCAAGGGGUAGAAAGAAGGCCUGACUUCCUCAUGUUACCCUUCUCUACUAGACACUUGAAAAGAACAGACUAGGUGCUGUAUCUGUACCCUCCUCAGGCUGAUGUUUGAGCAGUUUUAAGGCUGGUGUCUGACACUGCAAGUGGUCCCUGUCCUGUUUUAGUCACCAGAAAUUAUAUUCCUUAGUUCAGAGUCUUCUCUUCUUCCUGCCCACAUACCUUACUACUUUUCUCUUAUUUCUCAAGUGACCUCCACCAUUUCUGUUGCUUAUUUGUUCCCCCUGUAAUGGCUACAGGAAGAAAUUACUUUAUCUUCAGUCAUUCUAAAAUUAGCCUGCCAGUGCAGGAGGUAAAGGCAGUCCCACCUUUUCCAAACUCCAUUUUCUGAAUAAUGUUUACCUUCCUUCAUUGCAGCUCAUCCCCCUUUUUUGUACUUUAAGGAGAAUCAGUGCCAAACUGAGGGACCUCCUCAUCCCCAGCUGCCUGGACCUUGAUGUCUGGGCAGACACGAUUUGAAUGUUCUCUCUGCAUGGACCAGACUGUUCACUGACAGCCUUCUCUUAGGGGCCUUGGGCUUUGGGGAAACAAGCAAAAGAUGACAGGGACUUGAAAGUGGUGGUGAGUAGAUGGGUGUAGAAGGGGAGGGGAGGAGUGACCAACCUCCCUAGGAUUUCAUUUUCCCUUUAUAUACCAACUACUCAUUCCCUAAAAUAACACUUCCAAGGAAAUUUGGGAGAGCAGAGGCUGCUGCCCCUAUGUGUGUUUGGCUCUGAACAUGCCCUGGUGAUGACCAUUCAUGGGCUGGUGCCUGACGAGUGAUUCCCAUGGGCCCUGUUAUUAAGCUUAGCAAAGGUGACCUGUUGUGGUGAGGGCGGGGUUCACAGCUCUGCAGUGGUGAGGCUAGAGGAACCCAUGCUUGAUAUUUAUUUAGAAUCACUGGAAAUAUGAGUUGGGUAUGGAGGAGGUGGGGAAAGCUGAGGCAGACCACAGCAGCCAUACUCCUUGCCUUCAUCCAUGCUCAUUGAGUGUUCUAGGGCCUACACCCUGGAGCCUGGCUGAGUAGUCAGAGAAUCCAAACUGAGUGAGGAUUGCUGGCUUUUCCACAAUACUGGAACUUAUUUGAGGGAGCUAGAAGGGUUGCUUUGAGCUGCAGAUCCUGAGAAAGGGGCCUUAAUUGUCCCUCCUGCUGCCUCUCUGACCCACAAACCUUGAGGGCCUACAGCUGAAGGAAGCUGGGCUUUAAUAACUAGUUUAUAAUUUCUGUUUCAUGAAAUCCAUGACACUCAGAAAUGUUGGAGAGUGAGAAACUUUACUUUUCAGACCAUCUUUUUCUGUACCUUGGAUGCUGUCAUGUGAGUGAGCAGAAACUGCUGUAGAAAGCCUUCUCAUCAGGGUCCCCAGCUUGGCACCCAAGGGUUUGCCUCUUUGGAACUGUUGGGAAGUCAGCUCCCUGAAUGUAUUUUUAUACACUUCCAAAGUCAACAAUGUAUACUCAAAUGCAGUAAAAUCCUAUUUUCACCAA